UAGUAUCUGAGUCGGUGACUGGAAGUCCCUAUUCCAAGUCUGUGCAGCCUGUUUUGACGACUGCAGGCUCCGAUCUCAGGCUUCAGCAGUCAGUUUCGACGACCGCAAGCUCUGAAUCCAGUUCUCAGCAAUCUUCUUUGACGACUGUCCGUUCGCAGUCUGUUUUGCAGGCCGAACAGCCUAUCACCACGGUUGAACAAUAUCAAAUUUCCAAGGCCGAUCAGCCUCUGUCCGGUGCAGCAACAUAUGUUACAAGGCCUGAACAGUCUGUUCUAAGUGGCGCACAGACACUCGUAGUAUCUGAGUCAAUGACUGGAAGUCCCUAUUCCACGUCUGUGCAGCCUGUUUUGACGACUGCAGGCUCCAAUCUCUCAGGUUCGACGACCACAAGCUCUGAAUCUAGUUCUCAGCAAUCGUCUUUGACGACUGUCCACUCCCAGUCGAUUUUGCAGGCCGAACGGCCUAUCACCACGGUUGAACAGACUAUUUUACGUGCUGGGCAACCUGUCUCAAAGGUUGAACAAUAUCAAAUUUCCAAGGCCGAUCAGCCUCUGUCCGGUGCAGCAACAUAUGUUACAAGGCCUGAACAGUCUGUUUUAAGUGGCGGACAGACACUUAUAACAUCUGAUCCAGUGACCGGAAGCCUCUAUUCCAAGUCUCUGCAGCCUGUUUUGACGACUCGAAGUUUCGAUCCCAGCCUUCACCAGUCAGUUUUAACGACCGCAAGCUCCGAUCCCAGGUCUCAGCAAUUGUCUUUGACGACUGUCCACUCGCAGUCUGUCCUGGAGGCUGAGCAGCCUAUCACCAAGUUCGAGCAGUCCGCCUUCAAGGCCGAGAAAUACCUGUCCAAGGCAGAACAAUAUGCUAGCAAGUCUCAGUUAAAGGUUGGGCGGGUUGUUUUAAAGCAAACAUUUGACAUCUCCACGGCUGAGUUUCUUGCUAUCACCAAGACGAUCCGUGCUGCAUCAAUCGCAGGGGAUUUGGCUACUGCUGAAAGGAUCCUCACUCAAGAGAUUGCUGCUGACGCCAAGAACUUCGCCUCCUAUGCCAACCGCUCUUUCAUUCUGGCACGCAAACUUGACUGGGACAAUGCGCUUCGGGAUGCAGCCAAGUCCCUUGUCAUAAGGACAUCAUUGGCUGGUUAUAUCGCCAAGGGUAUCGCGCUCUGCGGAAAGCAGCGCCUCGAUGACGCGAGGACAGCCUUUGAUUUGGGAUUCACGUUUACUCAGGGAAACACGGAUGCUACUGUCUUCCUUUACUUGAUCAAGGCUAUUGCGCUUUUCAAUGCCAAUAGACACGAAGAGGCGAUGCUUCGUGUGGAUCAGCUGGCUUCUGCCGAUUCCAUCGCUUGUAGUAUCGUUAUGGCGAGUCUGCGACUCCAACUAGGAAUCAUUGCCUUCAAUGGUGCACGUCAUGAUGAGGCGGUCGAGCACUUCAGUGCCGCUGUCGAGGGUAGCACUUUCUUGGCUAAAUCCCUCGUUCCUUCUGCCUUCGAGGCUUUCACUGUGCUCUUCGGAUGGGACAUCGCGGCAUUGUGGCCAACCUCCAACAAGAGGCUGAUCCGUGCGCUCCUUAGGGCUGGCAGGCUCGGAGAAGCUUUCGAAUCAUACCGUUUCGCGGUGGACGCGAGUGCUGAUAUUACGAAGACCAACUUACGUGCUUGGGCCUUGACUCUCUCGUUGUGAUAAAGGGCAUAGUAUGCCUUCCCCGUGGACUGUUACAUAUUUAUGUAUCGAAACACGA